AUGGGACUUGGCCAUGGGGACAGGUGCCUAGGGCUGGUGGAGACCACCCAGCUCCUGGUGGAGCCGCCCUGGAAGCCCCCGGUGUUGUGGGACCGGGUGACACUGUCCUGCCAAGGUUCAGAGACUGCCGGCGUCACCUCCUGGUACAAGGAUGAGCAACGCUUGUGGCAACAGGGAAGCGAUCACUUCAAGGUCAACACAAAAGGCACCUACUGGUGUUGCAGACCCGGAACCGGGCACAGCCUGCCUGUCAUCGUCUCUGAGGGCUGGCUGGUGCUGCAGGUGCCGGUGCGGGCGCUGCUGGAGGGAGACAAUGUGACACUGCGCUGCCGGGGCUGGCGGAACAACACGGUCACCUCAGUGUCCUUCUACCACGAGGAGAAAGAACUGGAGGGGCUCCACAAUGGGACCCAGCUUUCCCUGUCCCCUCUGCAGCUGCACCACAGCGGAGGAUACUGCUGCAGGGGCUGGGUGAAAUCUAUGGUGUCACGGGGAUGGGAGAAGUUGGAAUCAGUGAAAGUGACAGUGCAUGUGGCCUCGCCCUCAGGGGUGUCCCUGUCAGCGCAGCCCACCAGGGGACAGGUGGCACUCGGGGACAGUCUGGUGCUGAGCUGCACAGUGGCUGUGGGGACAGGUCCUCUGUCCUCCUCCUGGCACUGGGAGGGCUCGGGGACACUGCCAGGAACUGGCCCCCACCUGGAGCUGCGCCACAUUGGGGACAAUGACAGCGGCCAGUACCGGUGCCGGGUCAGUGAUGGGGCGGGUGUGGCCGAGAGUGACCCCCUGAAUGUCACCGUCCUGGUGACCGUGGCCAAUGCCACCAUCACCCCUGGUCCCCUGUCACACCAGGUGUGUGCAGGUAUCAACGUGAGCCUGCACUGCUCGGUGCAGAUGGGCUCAGCCCCUGUCACCUUCACCUGGCUGCACAAUGGGCAGGAGGUUGCUCGGGGUCCCCUCUUGGAUCUCAGGGGCAUUGAUGUGGGACAUUCGGGCACCUACCAGUGCAUGGCCACCAACCAGCUGGGACAGGAUGGGCACUGCGUGUUCCAGGCACUCAGCCCAGAGCUGGUCCUGGAGGUGACACCUGGUUCACCCUGGGGCACAGCAGUGACUGUGAAUGUCGGCAAGACCCUCCUGUUCCUGCUCCGUCUCCUGGCUGUCAUCGGGGGCGUGGGGGAGGGGCUGGACAUGAGGGGGCAGAGGUGCUCCCAGUACACCCAUGGCUUCCCAGGCUCCUCCUAG